AUGUCUAGAGACGGUCAAUAUAAUAAGAACAAUUUUGGUUCCCGUAACGGGGAUUUCAGAGGCAAUAGAGCUUCUGAUAGAAACAAUUACAAUAGAGGUGGCAACUUCGGUGGUGGUGGCUUCUCAAGUUACAAAGGCGGUGGUUACACUGAACCACAAGAACUAGGUAAGCCUAACUGGGAUGAAGAGUUACCACACUUGCCACCUUUUGAAAAGAACUUCUACGUUGAACACGAAGGUGUUCGUAAUAGAUCCGACGAAGACAUUGCCAAGUUCCGUAAGGAGAAUGAAAUGACCAUUACUGGACACGAUAUUCCUAAACCAAUCACUAGUUUUGAUGAAGCAGGUUUCCCUGAUUAUGUUUUGAAAGAAGUUAAAGCUGAAGGAUUUGCUGCCCCAACAGGUAUUCAAUGUCAAGGUUGGCCAAUGGCUCUUUCAGGUAGAGAUAUGGUUGGUGUUGCAGCUACUGGUUCUGGUAAAACUUUAUCUUAUUGUUUACCAGCCAUUGUGCACAUUAACGCACAACCUCUAUUAGCACCUGGUGAUGGUCCUGUUGUGCUUGUGUUAGCUCCAACAAGAGAAUUGGCCGUUCAAAUUCAAAAGGAAUGCUCUAAAUUUGGUAGAAGUUCUAGAAUCAGAAAUACUUGCGUUUACGGUGGUGUUCCUCGUGGUCAACAAAUCAGAGAUUUGGCUAGAGGUGCUGAAAUUGUCAUCGCUACUCCAGGUAGAUUGAUCGAUAUGCUAGAGAUUAAUAAAACUAAUUUGAAAAGAGUUACUUAUUUGGUUUUGGAUGAAGCUGAUAGAAUGUUGGAUAUGGGUUUUGAACCUCAGAUUAGGAAAAUUGUGGAUCAAAUCAGACCUGAUAGACAAACUCUAAUGUGGUCUGCAACCUGGCCUAAGGAAGUUAAACAAUUGGCAAGAGACUAUUUGACCGAUCCAAUUCAAGUUCAAAUUGGUUCCCUUGAAUUAUCGGCAUCUCAUACCAUUAAGCAAGUUGUUGAAGUCAUUUCAGAAUUUGAAAAGAGGGAUCGUCUAUCUAAACAUUUGGAAAUUGCAUCCGAGGAUCAGGAUUCCAAGGUAUUAGUUUUCGCAUCUACGAAGAGAACUUGCGAUGACAUCACUCAAUAUUUGAGACAAGAUGGCUGGUCUGCAUUGGCCAUCCAUGGUGAUAAGGAUCAAAGAGAACGUGAUUGGGUCUUGGAAGAAUUCAAGAACGGUAGAUCACCUAUUAUGGUUGCCACGGACGUGGCAGCUAGAGGUAUUGAUGUCAAGGGUAUCAAUUAUGUGAUUAACUAUGACAUGCCAGGUAACAUUGAAGAUUACGUUCACAGAAUCGGUAGAACCGGUAGAGCUGGUGCUAAAGGUACGGCUAUUUCUUUCUUCACUGAGGGAAACAAGGGUUUAGGUGCUUCUUUAAUUUCCAUUAUGAGAGAAGCUAAACAAGAAAUUCCAGCCGAUUUAGCUCAGUACGAUAGGAAAUCUUACGGUGGCCAUCCAAGAUAUGGUCGUGGCGGUUACGGUGGUCGUGGCCGUGGUGGUUUCGGCGGUCGUGGCCGUGGCGGUGGCGGUCGUGGCCGUGGUGGCUAUGGUGGUGGCCGUGGUGGUGGCUACAAUAGAUAUUAA